AUGGAUAUCGCACUUCAUGGAAAAAGGCACAGGUUCUUAGGAUUGUCCUAUUUCUUAUGUUCACCUGAUGUUGACAGUAGGUGUGAAAAGCAUUCCUGGAAUGUGUAUGCUGGAGUUGCCACGGAACUUUGUUUGGCAAGUGUACUGUUUUGGGCCAGAAGGGUGUCAUUUUCCUCAAUGGAAUAUACCACCGAAACACAAGCAGAAUCGAUUAGCCUAAAACAAGUAUAUCUCCUGACACCGAUUUCGGUGAUUUUAUGGGCUCUUCUGUUUCCAUCAUGGCUAAAUUUUCUCUGGAUUCUUGCUUCAUGGCUUUUAUUUUCAUUGGUUGGAGAAAAGCGUCAUCGACUGUCAGCGGCACCCUUCAUUUUAACAUUUGCUUCAGUUUUGCUGUUAUUUCAAUACAUUUCUGGUCUCACAAAUUUCCGAGGGAUUAUGCUCGAAAAACUGGGGUUACAUUCUGGAGUAGGGCCUGCUACUUUCUAUCCUUUAUUAAUAAAGAUGUCGCUUUGUAUACCAUUUUAUAUGAUGCGUUAUUUUGAUGGAAGGCACUCAGAAGCAUUUAGCACAUUUGAAAAUAUAGAAACAACUAGGAUUCCGGAUGUAUCUUUAACAUCAAUGCGACGAUCGUUCAUUACUGCAGCUGCUCUGGAAAGUGUUAAUCGUUUGGAAUGGAUCGCACCCUAUUUCUGCCUUUUUACAUGUAUAUUAUAUGUUUGUUUAUAUUAUAUGUAUAUUCUGAUACAUGGUGAUUGGCAAGUACUCAGUGAUCAUCAAUGGUUAUCUCCUGCAGUUCGACCUUUAGCAUCUGCCUUGUGGUUACCAUUCUGUUUCAUAUUUCUGUUGAUUUUCGUGCACAUAAAAAGACUCGAUAUCUCAAUGGAUAUUCUCUUGAGGCCUACAUCUGUGUUUGCUCAUUUAUUAGCGACAAAUUACGAUACCUUAAUAGCGGUAUCGUUGUGCUGUUUUGCUAGCUACAAUUUGUCAAUAGUCGGCAUUGUUUUGCUACUGUUAUCACUGAUAAUCUUUAUCACUACUGAGCAGAGAUGUAGGUUGGCGUGUUCCGCAGUUGCGCUAUUACUUUCAGUUCAGUGGCUGACGUCUUUUAUUACAUAUUCCUUUCAUUUACCCAACUAUAUAUAUUCACGAAAUUGUACAUCCGGUCAUGGAAUGAUUAUAGACCAUGAUAUAGCUAAAUGGUUUGGGUUCAAUCUGAAUCAGACCUGGUCAGUCAUCAUACUUUUGCUAAUAAUAUCCAUGCGCAAUGUAUUUUCGAAGGAUCGAUCGAAAUGGCUGAUCGAAGUGCAAAGAUCUGAUGCUGAAGAAGAUGCAACUUCUCUGCUGAAAUUCCUUUCGAAAAACUGGAUGUACAAGUUUGGUGUUGAGGUGUGUUCGAUCGUAGGAGUAGUAUUGUCAUGCUGUCACCAUGAUAUAUUUGGGCUGUAUUUCUUGUUAUUGAUUUCAUUUUUACGGAUAUGUAAAAGAUGGCUGCAGAAAUCGAUCUGGUCUUCUUGUGCCAUUUUGACAUUGAUAGUUUUGAUAAUGGAGUAUCUAUUCGCAGUUGGUUUACCUCAUCAGUUCUCUCAUCGCCACAAUUACUUUUGGAAUGAGUGGAACACUGAAAUAAAGAAAUUCUUUGUCUUACCCUUUACUAUGUCAUCAUCUCCAAUAUUUAUCGCCGAUUAUAUUCUUUUUCUAUUAAUUUUGAUACAGAAAGAGGUUUUUGAUAGGGAGAAGGGACACCUUGAAGGCGAUAAUACGCCGUUAUCAGAGGCUGAUUUCAGUCAGCCAAUCCCAACCUUAUACAAUGAUUUUAUAUCAGAAAAAGGAAACCUUUUGGCGUACGUACAUACUGCAAUUUUUCUGUAUUCUCAUUGGGUAUCGAUGAUAAUUAUCUUGAUAUGCAGUAUUAAUGAUGGUACAAUACUCAGUUUCGGUUACAUUGUCACAGAUGCGUUUUGCAAAUUUGGUUUUGCUUUUCCAUGCUCGCUAGAGCGAAUAUUUGGACUUCAUUGUUUCCCUAACGAAUGUCUUGGCUAUUAUAAAAAGACAAGUUUGGUCUACGAUGUCAUCUGUUUUGUUGUUCUGACAUAUCAAAUGCGUGUAUUCAAUUCAUGGUAUUUCCAGUUCGUCAUCAUGGAUUAUAGGGCGGAUAGUAUUCUUGGCGCAAGAGGAGGUGAAUUGCUUCUGGAAAUGAGAAGACGUGAAGCACAAAUGAAUCAUCAACGGCUGCAGAGUAAUGUCAGGUGUCUUUGGAUGAUGGUUGAGGAAGAGGAUAAACAGGCACCGAUUUCGAUAAGGUCUCUACCUCAAUCUCACGAAGAAAUUAAGAGGUCUGGAUAUUAUCAUCAAGUAAGUGAACGCUUCUUCCCUUUGCCACAUUCCGAUAUUAAUUUUGAACGGGAGCAAACAUUUUCUUUAAUUUCUCGUGAAUUUGAAGAAAACAUGCGUGAAAACAUUGACACUGCCACCAUGGUCGAGAAGACUGUCGAGGUUCUUGAUAGCGUUAGAGUAACAGCGUUGCAUAUCUUCCAACUCCUGAACAAUCCUGAGUGGCUCUAUCGAAUUUCCAAAGAUGACGCUUUUGUGGCGCAUGUUUUGAAUGAGGACAAAAGACGUAUCAAAGCAAUCUUGAAAGAUCGGUUAAGAAUCGCUGAUACGGAAGAUAAAUUGCGGGAACUACACAAGCAACUGAUUCUUCAGAAACAUUUCGAGUCAGUAUCUUCAGAAAUACUUUGGGAUGAAGCAUUGAAUGAGUAUCGUACUAUACAUCCUGCAUUUAAAUUUCUUUACUGUUUUUCGCAUGCGACUGUAGCCCAGUCGGAGCUUAUCUGCUUCUUAUUAAUGCUUAUUGUACAUUUAUCCAAAUCAUCUUUAAUCAGUUUUCCGCUGCCAAUAAUGGUAUUUUUCUGGGGAGUGCUUGCUAUUCCACGUCCAUCGAAAUCUUUUUGGCUCAUAACCGCUUCCUACAUUCAAUUUAUCAUCGCUUUCCGAUUACUCUUUUGCAACGAGCUGACUUUGAUCAGUGAAAGGAACAUUUCAGAUAAUAAUCCUUUCAGUAUUCGAAGAUUGCUAGCAAUGGAUCCAAGUAUUAAUGGACCAUACUGGGAUGUCGCUCUGCUUGCGAUGGUCUUCUUUCAUCGGUACAAGUUGCUAAGACUUGGUAUGUGGGAUAAUGAUUUUCAAGUACAUGAGCAGAACUUGAAUUUGAAUGAUGAUGAAAAUGCUGUGAAGGAAGAAGACAAUGAAAGAAUGUCAGGCAAGUCAGCAUCAUGCAAAAAGUUCUGCGAGGCGUUGCUGACAAAGAAAGCUCAGUCAUCUAUGGACUGGUAUCCGUGGAUGGUAGGAUGUGAUGCAAUGUGUUUGAUUCUUAUAUCCUUCUUCUAUUCAAUGAUAGGACAAGGAGGUUCCGGAAAUGUAUUGUUGGACAUGCAGGUAGCACGAUUACCGAGGUGGUUCGCCAGCACUUUAAUUUGUGUGUUUGUAAUUAUGAUAAUUGAUCGAUGGCUUUACUUAUCAAAGCAAACCAAAUUUCGCUUUUUUUACUAUGUCUCUCUCGUUGUUUUACUACAUGUGGUCAUAUUUUUCUUCGUCCCUUCUAUCACAGGACGUGUGGUAACAUGGAAUAGAUUAUCAAUUGCUUUAUAUCUCAUAAAAAGUGCAUAUUUACUCAUGAGUGCAUGGCAUAUGCGAAAUGGUUAUCCAUCUGUGAUAAAUCGUGAUAUAUUACUCGGUGGUUCUGGAAUUUUCCGGCUAAUUAUAUUGAAGAUUUACCUCAGCAUACCAUUUCUUUUCGAACUUCGAACAGUUAUGGAUUGGACAUUCACAUCGACAGCUCUUACAAUGGCAGAUUUCAUUCGAAUGGAAAAUUACUACAACGAAGUAGAGGCACAACACUGUUGGAUAUUAUUCGACCAUUGGCUGGAUAAUUAUUUCCCAACACGAAAAGGUCGGCCAACGCCAACGUCUGGGAAGUUUUUUAAGGGUGUUCUAUCUGUUAUUGUAUUGAUAACGAUCAUCCUAGCACCUAUAUUGCUUUUUGCAUUUUUAAACAGUUUUGGAACAAGAGCACCACCGAGACGUCUUCAUCUCAUGGCAUCGAUAGAGGGUUACCCGGCGCUAUAUUCAACCGACGCAGUAUUUAACGACAAAACGAUGUCGCAUUUGUCUAAACACAGUAUGCAAGCUUUGGUUAAUAAAUUGACGAAUCUAGAGGAAAGUGACAUGAAGCGCAGAGCGCUCUCUUUCAUCUCGGAUUACACCUACAAAGAUAUCUUCUUGGUUAAUUUGACACUGGAUUCGCUUCGAAAUUGGGAUAUUUCGUUACCGGGGAAGAAACAGUUGGUAGAGGAAUUACAGUCUUCAAAGACAACACGAAUAGUUUUCGAAAUGUCUCUUCUCCGACCUGUUGGCUCCAGGCAGCGGUCACAUAAUUUCAUUCUCGCAACGGUGUUAACUUCAUUGCAGUCGAAGAUAUUCCUGGAUUUGAUUAAUGGCAACAUAACCGCUGCUAGAAUGAGUUUCCCAUUCGCGCAGUAUUUACUAGCUCCUCCUAAUGGUCACUUGCAACCAGCUGAUGCCAUUAACUUGGCUUUGAAACGAAUUCAUUCUAACAGCACAUGGCAAUACCAUGGCGAUUAUUGGAGUAUUACAUGGGAACAAAAGUUCGUUGUAUUUGUUGAUCGAGUGGUACCAUCUUGGAUGAGCGUCAUUGUUGGUUCAGGUGGUAUGGUGGCGAUGUAUGUUGCUGUUAUACUAGUUGUUGGUCGUUUUGUUCGCGAAAUUGUACGAACGCCAAUACAUAAUGCUAUGAUCGAAAAUAUUCCAAACUGUGAGAACCUGUUACGUCUGUUCCAUGACAUAUAUGUGGUUCGCGAAAAACAUCAAUUUUACUUGGAAUCUCGUCUAUAUGGCAAGCUUGUUUUUCUGAUGCGAUCACCAGAAACUCUUGUACGCUGGAGUCGAUAUCGUGUGAAGGUUAAAAGUGAAUGA